AUGAGUACAUCAAAUACAAGUGCAACAAAACCUGAACAAAAUGUUCGAGUUUGGAUGGAUGGUUGUUAUGAUAUGGUACAUUUUGGUCAUGCUAAUGCUUGUCGACAAGCAAAACAAAUGGGUACUUCUUUAAUUGUUGGUGUUCACUCUGAUGAGGAAAUUACUAAACACAAAGGUCCACCAGUAUUUACAGAACAAGAACGAUAUAAAAUGGUUCGUGCUAUUAAAUGGGUGGAUCAAGUUGUUGAGAAUGCUCCAUAUGUAACAACACUUGAAACAUUAGAAGACUAUAAUUGUGCUUUUUGUGUACAUGGUGAUGAUAUCACUGUUACGGCUGAUGGUGUUGAUACAUAUCAUAUAGUCAAAGCUGCUGGCCGCUAUCGAGAAUGCAAACGAACACAAGGUGUAUCAACCACAGAUCUUGUUGGAAGAAUGUUAUUAGUUACAAAAAGUCAUCAUGAACCUGAUGAUAUGUUACCAGAUCCAGAGAAUACACGUCGAAUGAGUUUAUGUAAAGAAAGUGUUAGUCCAUGGACAGGUGCUUCACAAUUUUUAGCAACAACUAAUAAAAUUAUACAAUUUUCUAAUGGUCGUGAACCAAAACCUGGAGAUAAAGUUAUUUAUACAGCUGGAGCUUUUGAUUUAUUUCAUGUUGGUCAUGUUGAUUUUCUUGAAAAAGUAAAAGCAUUGGGUGAUUAUCUUAUUGUUGGUUUACAUGGUGAUCGAGUUGUAAAUCGAUAUAAAGGAAGUAAUCAUCCAAUAAUGAAUAUUCAUGAACGUGUAUUAAGUGUCUUAGCUUGUCGAUAUGUUGAUGAAGUUGUUAUUGCUGCACCUUAUUCUGUAACAAUGGAUUUAAUUAAUCAUUUUAAAGUUUCGCUUGUUGUUCAUGGUCAAACAGAUUAUGAAUCUGAUGUUGAUGGAAGUGAUCCAUAUGAAGUACCUAAGAAACUUGGUAUAUUUCAACAAAUCGAUAGUGGAAAUCCAUUGACAACACAGGAUAUUAUUACACGUAUUAUUGAUAAUCGAUUACAAUAUGAAAAACGUAAUAAGAAAAAAGAAGCAAAAGAAGCAGCUGCAUAUGAAGCAUUUCAAAAAUUAAAAGCUGAAAAUCGAAAUGAAUCAACAGCUGUGAAUAUCAAAAAAAAAAAAUCUCAUUUUAAUUAUUUUCUUCGUUUAUUGAUAUGUCUUUUCUUUGGUAUGAUCUGUGCACUAAUUGCAUCUACUGGUUGGGCACAACAAGCUGAUUGGGUUUCGGAAAUAUGUCAAGGUUAUGCAACAAAUCAAUACGUUGCAGCAUUAGUGGAAUGUAGUCAAAGUUCGUCACCAGAUGCAUAUAGAUCACUUUCUGCAAAUACAGUUAAAACAGCAACAAUAGUUAUUUUUAUUCUUACUCUUGUUACUAUUUUUAUUAUUUUUUUAAUUCAUAUAUUUGCAGCAUUACGUAAACGAAAAAUUUGGAAAAUUGCUUCUAGAAUAGUUGCUAUCAUUUUUAUUCUAUUCUUUCUUCUUGUUCUUGCCAUAUCAAUUGCUGCAAUUUUUUGGGAAGUAAAAUUAUCAACUGUAUUUGGUUCUCUUUAUACAUCAAAUUCUUAUCAAUCAACACCAAAUGGUUAUCGUAAAGCACAAACCGGUGCAGCUGGUGCAGCUGCAGGUUUUGGACUUCUAGCUGCAUGUUUUCUACUUAUUAAUAUUAUUUGUCGUUUAUUGGGUAUUGGAUCAUUACGAAAACGAAAUCGAAAACGAAAAAUGCGUGUUGAUGUUAUAACUUAG